AUGGAGCGGAGGCUGGGGAAGAUGGCCCGUGUCCGGAGGCGCCUCUUUGGCCCCGUAGACCACGAGCGGCUGCGGUGGGACUUCCAGCACAUGCUGCGCAACAACGCUGAGGGGGCCCAGCAGAAGUGGAACUUUGAUUUUCUCCGGGGAACGCCGGUGGAGGGGCUCCUGCAGUGGGAAGAGCUGAAGAACCAUGAGGUGCCCACCUUCUACCACAGCUGUGCGGUGGGAGAUCCUCGGAGACCACUGCAGCACUUGAACUGGUGCCUGGGCAAGGAGGACAAGAGUCACCGCUUUACCCAGGUAACACUGACUGAGAAACCCCAAACUUCCAAACAAACAGGCCCCAAGAGGAUCUUGGAUGGGAAGAAAAGGAUACAGACAUCUGUGACAGGUGUGUGA